CAUUUGGUGGAAGCAUCUGUUGGGUUGUUGGGUGAUUGGGUGAUGAGAAGCUGGAGUAGGUUCAUCAACAUCAGAUGCCCGUCAUUCAGAGUUUCUUAACUCGAUGAUUCUUAGAAGGGAAUGGAGUCUGACAAUUUGAAUUGCGCCAUCUGCAUAGAGAAAUUUCGAGUGCCUGUCACCAUCCCAUGCGGACACACUUUCUGUCAGGAAUGCAUUGGUAAGCUGUGGGAUACCAAGGAGAAAGCAGGCAUCGGGGCACUGUGUCCGCUAUGCAAUGAAGAGUUCAAGAGCAGGCCGCCACUGAAGAGGAACGUCUCCCUGUGUCUGUUGACCGACGGCACGGUCUCCAGGGAGCUGCCCUCGGUGUCCAGGGCAGACUGCACCGAACCGGGCCUGGAGCUCUGCGGUCGACACAACAAACCUCUGGUCAUUUAUUGCAAGACUGAAGGGAUGUGCGUGUGCUACGAAUGCGCCAUCACCGCCUGUAAAAACCAUGAACAGGUUCUGGUCGAAGAGGAGAGGAAAAGUAGAGAGGCUGGACUGAAGAAGGCGGCUGUGGAAAUAAAGAAGCACAUGGAUGAAACAGAGAGGAACAUCAUCAAGCUCAAGGAGAACAUCGCCACCGCUAAGGGGUCCUACCAGAAGACGGGCGAGUGGCUGCACACGCGGUUCUCCCAGCUGGUGAAGGUCCUGGAGGAGAAGCAGGAGGUGACAGAAAGCCACGUGAGUCAGGAGCAGGAGGCGGUGCUGACCCAGGCCCAGGCCCAGCUGGACGCCCUGCAGGAGCAGGCCCAGAGGCUCAGGCAGAGCCACCAGCUGAUAGACACACUCAGGACGCUACCAGACAACAAGCUCAUACAGGAAUCUCGACCUGUGGAGGUACCACAGCUGCAGGAAGUUGCUGUUGACGUCAACGUCAAUCUGCAGGACAGACUGACGGGUGUCAUGGACAUCCUCUCCAAAAUAUCCAAACUGGUGCUGGAGGACCUGGUAAAGGCCAUGGACACCGCUAUCGGGCAGGACAAAGAAGGAUCCCCCCUGGAUAAAAAGCCCACGCUGGCCGUCGUGCCCAGCCCUGCCACCCCUUCUUACCCCGGGGGCAAAGAGGGACUCGGCGAGUAUCGCUGUUCGCUCACUUUCGACCCCCGCACGGCUAACUCCCACCUGCAGCUGUCGCUAAGCAACCGCCGAGCGGAGCACCUGACAACGGGGCCGCGGCAGGUGCCGGCGGACAAAGCGCGGUUCGACCACACCUGGCAGGUGCUGUGCCACGAGGGCUUCCUCCACGGACGCCACUACUGGGAGCUGGAGGUGUCCAAGCCCUGGGCCUACCUGGGCGUCACCUACCAGGCCAUCCCGCGCAAGGAGAAGGGCAAGCAGUGCAUGGUGGGAAUGAACGAGCUCUCCUGGAGCCUGCAGCUGGACGAGCGGCAGUUCAGCGCCUGGCACGCCGGACGGCGCGAGCCGGUUGCCGCGCCGCAGCUGCAGCCGCAGCACCAGCCGCUGCACAUCGGCAUGCUGCUGGACUACGAGGCCGGCACGCUCACCUACUACGGCGAGGGCCAGACGCGGCUGCACGCCUUCCACUGUGCCUUCUCUCAGGAGCUCUUCCCCGCGUGCUGGAUCGGAGAGGGCGUCAGUGUCACACUCUGCCCCCCCUGACCGCCUCGGGGUGGGGGGUGGGGGGGUCGAUGAGGAGGAGGGACCACCCUCCAGAACCGACUUUACAAUCAGACCCCCUGGAUUUGGACUGAGGUGACUGACAGAGACGAGACGUCCUCCCACAGGCCUGUGGAAAUCACUACACAAGAAAAAAGGGAAAGUGUGCGAAGCAUCUCUGAGCUAACUCAUGAAAAAACACAACAAACAAACAAACACAAACUCAUGUCUCUUAUAGAAACAUCUCUCUAUAUCUCCACCUCAGAGGUACGACACUCCUGUCCGGUGGCACCAAACCCCCAGCGCCCCCUCACCCACUGGGCCAGUACUUGAGCCUUUGGUCUGAGUGGAUGGGGGGGCGGGGGGGUCAUGUCAGGACAGGACGACUUUGCACUUAAAAAGCUUCAGAGACAGUGACUCUACUGGGAAGGCUGUGAGAGCGGCUUUUACACACACACACACACACACACACAGACACACACACACACUCUCCGAGACAAACCUCCCAUGACAUUCUGAGAUUUGCCACUCCCUCCUGACCCUACUCAAGUAGUAACUAUAAAGUACUGUAAUGUUGCCUCCUGGGAAAAACAGAGAAAAACACAAGAUCCACUCUCAGAGUUUGUUGGAUGAAAAACAAACAAAUAAAUAAAUAAAUAAAUAAAUAAACUGCUGUAA